GAACUUGCAAAUCAAGUUGCAGCUCAAAUCUAUAUUCGAAUAUCAAACUAAACAACGUUUGCUGUCUUGAAGCACCGCCGCCCAUUUUCUGCCCUAACCAAAUACCUCGGUCAACGCCGCUCCCGACAAAAACAAUCGUCCUGGCACAAAUUCCAGAAACACAAUGAAUCUGCGCAAGAAAUUUUGCACAACACCGAGCUCAACAUUGGCCAGCGCAACAAGGCGUUAUCACAACUCUACAAACAAGCUGAACCAACCUCUUACAAUAAUCCUCUGGACGACCCAAUGGCAGAUCUCGACAGUGAUCCAAAUGCUGAAGAACGAGGAAGGUUUGGCCACAUAUUUAAAUCCGACAAGAAAGUUCAACAAGAAGUCAAGUUGUGGGCCGAAGGUGUUCAGCUCAAAUUGAAGGAGCUUGGCGACCAGUUUGGUAUUGAAGGCUUCCUCGUUCUUGCUGGGCAAGAACAUCGAAAACCCUUCUUCUUCCAAGGCGGCAGUUUCUAUGGCGAUGAAUAUCUUCGGGGCCUGGUUGAUGAAGGCGAUCCAAUCCGGGAAUUUGCUGUCUGGACCGCUGGAUCCAAAAAGACCAUAAAAAGGAGAAAAAAAAACAAGUCUAACCCAGCUGCUGCUCAACCUGGAAACAUCAUUGCUGAUCAGCCCCCAAAGAACAACAAAAAAUCUGCUUCAGCUUUGGCGAACCGAGAUGUUUGCCAAGGUGGUUUGGCCCAGAACCAUUCGUACAUCUCUCAAGAGCUCGGCAAGAUGUAUAUCGAAGUGCAGGAAAACAAAGUAAAGAAGGACACUCACUGGCCUGGAACUAAUACUGCUACAAAACUAGCAUUCUGCAAUCGCAAACUUGUUAUUCACGAAAACCCCGUUGGCCUUUCAGCAGAGCACCUAGUGAAUGUUCCAGUUAAGAAGAUGGAUAUAGAAACGACUUGGUUAGUUUUACGUGGAUUGAAGAACCACUGGAUCGAAUUGGUUGAACACCAAUUUGAUGUAGCUCCGAAAAAGCGAAGGGUGUGUAAACAAAAGGCCGCCGCAAUAGAAUCCCCUACCCAAGAGAUCAAUGCCGACAAGACCAAUGUAGCUUCAAAAUCAACUGUCCCACAAAAACGAAAGGCCUCCAAAAUCAAAUCGGCAACCCAAGAAAUCGAUGACGAGACUGAGGAGGAAGAGGAAGAGGAAACCGAUGAUGAGGAUGAGGAAGAUGAAGAUGAGCUGAUCAGCAAUUCCGAUUUUUUUGACAAUAGUGAUAACGAUGAAGAUGAAGAUGAAGAUUAUUAGAUUGAAUACAAACAAGCCCAAUACCAAUUGGUCUACUCUAACAUAUGGUUGCUUGCUGCUUGUUGAUUUUUAGUUUUUAUUUUUGCAUUCAAGAUGUUAAUUUAACCAUGUCCAUAUCUCCCAAUUGAAAUGUGAUUUCACUUCCCUGCUUAUGAACUUCAAAAAAUUAUUGGCACUUCUGAUGAAUAUAAAAUGAUCCAAAUCUACUGUGAAAAAAUGAAUCUCUCCAUGAUAACCCCAUAGUUUUCCAUACUAUACUGAUUGCUUGUUGUGACUGAUUUACAUAAGAAAUUGAGAUUCUGACUUACCCC